AUGGCUAGGCUAAUAGAGGAGACACCUCGGCAUAAUUACGCUUCCAUUCCUGGAAGCGCAGCGCCUGAGGAGGUCGAAGUAAGUUACAGAGAUGAAUUCAGGCAGAUCGGGAAAAACGCUCUUCCUCUUAUUGUAACGUUCGCGCUACAGACGUCGUUAUCGUUCGUUACUGUAGCCUUUGUCGGUAGACUAGGGGCGUUGGAAUUAGGCGGUGUAUCCUUGGCAAAUGUAACUUUCACAGCAACCUCAGCAGUGUUCCAAGGCCUUGCGACUUGCUUAGAUACCUUGUGCCCGCAAGCGUUUGGUGCAAAGCAGUAUCAGCUAGUCGGUCUUUACUUCCAGCGCGGACUCGCUAUCAGUUUGGUGUUUGCCUGUCCAAUAGCAUUGUUGUGGUGGUACUCUGAACUGAUGCUAGGCGCGAUGGUAGACGACCAGCGUCUUGUGAAAAUCGCAGCGCGAUACUUACGAGUGAUGGUGACAAGUAUUCCUGGCUACGUUACGUUCGAGUGCGGUAAGAAGUACCUGCAGGCACAGAACGAUUUCACUACUGCGCAAUACAUUCUGUUCGUAUGUGCCCCUCUCAAUGUGUUGCUGAAUUACUUGUUCGUGUUCCGAUUCGGUCUGGGUUUUGUGGGAGCGCCUAUGGCUACUUCGCUUACUUUCACGUUGAUGGGCGCUUCUCUGGCCACGUUUAUCUGGUGCAAGACUUAUAGAGACGGUACUACCAGCUGCUGGAGUCCACUCAAGAACUGGAAGCCCAUCUUUGCAAACUGGGGUACUAUGGUUUCAUUGGCGAUCCCAGGGAUCAUCAUGAUCGAGGCUGAGUUUUUGGCGUUUGAAUCACUUACGGUCCUUUCUGCGAAGUUCGGAACUGAGUCCCUUGCGGCACAAUCUGUCAUUGCGUCUAUCCAAUCUUUAACGUUUCAAGCGCCAUUUUCAGCAGGAGUUGCUGCAUCUAACAGGAUUGCAUACCACAUAGGUAAAUCGCGCGUGCGCGCCUGUCAAGUUGCCUCCCGGGCAACCUUGAUCUACAUCGGCUUUUUGAUUGGCACUGCGAACCUUCUAUUCUUGGUUCUCGGCAGGACUAUAAUACCUUCUGUUUUUAGCAACGAUGAGGGUGUCAUUAAAAUUGCAUCUCAGGUGCUGCCUAUCAUAGGCAUCAACCAGGUCUGCGAUGUCCUAAAUGUCCUUUCUGCUGGCAUACUGCGAGCACAAGGCCGCCAGAAGAUCGGCGGGGUACUCAAUAUCAUUGCCUACUACCUCGUGGGGCUGCCGAUGGCUAUUUUCCUUGGAUUCCGCUGCAAGUGGGCGCUCCAGGGAUUUUGGGUGGGACUUGGUUGCGGUAUUCUAUUUUUGGGACUGAGUGAGCUAUACUGCGUUUGGAAAUCCGACUGGGCUAAGAUUAUACGCAACUCGCGGCGGCUUCACAAAGAUUCGCCAGCGGUGUAG